AUGGUCGACCGCUGGGGCGACUACGACGCGGACGAGCUCCUCACGGGCGCGACCGCCUUUCAUGGCGGUGUCUACGGCAUCGAGGCCAUUGUGCAGGCGCCGACGCGCCAUCGUCCAGGCCAGCACCCGGCAACCACGGGGUCGAUCACGCGCCCGCUGCGACCACGGCCACACCGCGCCGCCACCACGUCCAAGCCCAAGGCGCACGAAGCAUCCCAACAAAGAAUCAGCGCCCAGCUCGUCACUGCCACGCCUGCACCGACCAUGUUUCAGCGCAUUUGCGACACCCACGCGUUGCGGCUCAAGCUCGACAAGCUCUACGCGCUGCCGUACCAAGUGGUGCUCGCGACGACCGCAACGUCCGGAAACAUCGUGUCCAAGGACGCGUGGAGUGCGCUCACGAGGCGCAUUGCGCGGCGCUACAGUUUGAUCGCACUCGACCCAAUCUCGCUCCUCGAGACGCCACCGCGUGUGGGCUACGACGACUUUGUCGAAGCGCUCAACGCGGUCUUGAGCCACUUUGUCUUGAACCCGACGAUCGCAGCGUGCUUGGACGCUGUCACGAACCUCUUUGAUGCCAUCAUCGACGCUGCGACGCUGCAGUGGCGACCUCUCGAGUCGAUCGCGCCGACCAUGGCGCCGCCACUGAGCCUCGCCGCGCUUGCCUUUAGCUCGUCGCGCCGGUCAGGCUCCCGCGAGAUGGCCCGGGAAGCCCAAAUGACGCAAGAAGAGAACCUCAAGCGCAAGCUGCGGCUGCGCAAGUACCUCAGCGUGCCCAACCCGCUGGCGACGGUCCUUCCGGACGAAGCAGAGUCGUUUGUAUCAAGUCCGCGGACGCUUUUGCUCGACUCACGCCAAGGCAGUCGGUCGCACCUCGUCUCGCCGUCGGCUCAGUUGCAGCCGGUCCCCAAGCGCGGUCGGCAGCUACCGACGACCAACGACGGUGCGAUCGUGUUUGAAAAACCAAUGACAGCCGUCGUGCGUGACGAGCUACCGCCACUGACCGAUCCCAUGGUGCUUGUCUGCGCCGACUGCCUCGUCAACGAAGCGCUCUAUUGGUGUUCCCCGUGCUUUUCCAUCUUUUGCGUCACGUGUUGGCCCCACCGCCACCAAGCGGCGCCGCCGAUCGCACUGGACGCAUUUCCGCACCAGUGCGCCAUCGUGCAGUCCAAGUCGCUUGCCUCCCUCGGGCCGCCGCUGCCGUUGCUAGGCCAGCGCACCGUCGUCAUGCACCCAAGCGCGCACGCCAAGCCAAUGAAGUCGACCCGCCACAAGCCGCUCGCUGCCUCCACGAGCUGCGUCGAGCUCCGUGUCACAAGCUCCAUCCAGUACCUUCCGCCUGUUGUUGUGCGAGAACCGUCGACCAACAACAGCGAGCCCCCCGUCGCACCGCCCGUCGUUGUCAUUUCCAAAGCAUUGAACAAGGUUCAAAAAUCAAAGCCCGUGGCACUGGCUAGCUAUCUCGAUGCAAGAGGGGCCAUCGUCGACGAUUAGGGUCGU